AUGAAUGAUUAUAAUCAAAAUAAACAUUGUGAAUUUGGUACGCACAAUCCUACAUUAAUGGAAAACCCUUUUUGGAAAUGUAUGGUAUGUGAUCCACAUCUAAUUGGCUACGAUGGUCGCGAAAACAAUAACGAUGAUUUUGUGGAUGACAUUGAUACUUGUCAUCCUCAAUGGUGUUUUUCUCGGUUCGGAGCUACACAAACUUAUUUACCAGAUGGACGGCUGAUUCGUAUUGGAGGUGAACAUGAAGAUUGUUAUGAUGAUGACUUUCAAAUUUAUAAUGAUGUUGUUGUCAUACGAAAUCCACAUAUAGUGCAAGGACCCCCUAUGUACUCUUUACCUAUACCGGAUAACUUUCCACUGGAAAGAAAACAACAUGGCACUUUAUCAAGUUCAGAUAUAUUAGGAACAACGAAGGUUGAAGAUGUUACUAUCUAUGGAUAUCCUGAACAUGUGUUUCCACCAACAGAUUUUCAUACAGCUACUUACGUGAAAAAUAAUGAGACCAACGAUGAAUUCAUCUAUAUUAUUGGCGGUUUGGGAUAUUUGACAUCCUCUCAUCGUAGAGAGACUCAUGUCUAUUGUCUCCGUCUAUCAGAUUUUAGCAUACAACGGCUAAAAACGACAGGCAAUGGACCAGUGGGGUGUACGGAACGUCAUCGUGCGACAUUAGAAACAGUUAGAGGUCGAAAAAUGAUCGAAAUUUGUUUGAAAAACCAUCGACGUUACAGAUUGGACAUUGAAACUGCUGUAUGGGAACCGAUUGAUGACUAA